AUUCUUCGAAUUGAGGCCUUGUGCAAAGAUUUAUACGAAUCGACUGAUGCCACGCAAAGAAGUCAAGCACAAGAAGCCUUGGUAGCCAUUUCCAAUUCUGAUAAUUGCUUAACAGAAUGCCAAUUUCUGUUAGAACAUAGUACAUCUCCCUAUGCACAAAUGUUUGCCUCGCAAUCAUUAAUCAAGCUAAUCUCACGAACGACAUCAUCGUUACCCUUAAAUCAUCGAUUAGAAAUGCGUAAUUACUUACUGAACUAUCUGGCUACACGACUCAAAUUGACCAAUUUUGUAGCCCAAGCUUUAAUGAAGUUAUUAGCAAGAAUUACCAAGUAUAGUUGGUUUGAAAUGCAAAAAGAACAAUAUGUCUUUCAAACUGUUGUAAAUGAUGUGAUGAAUAAAUUCUUGCAAGGAAAUUCUAUCGAUACGUGCGUUAUUGGCAUUCAGAUUUUAACUAAUUUAAUUAUAGAAAUGAAUCAGGUUGCUGAUCCAUCCAGAUCGUUUGCCAAACAACGAAAGGUUGCAGCGUCCUUUCGUGAUUCAGUACUAUUAGAUAUGUUUAAUGUCGCAUGCUCAUUCCUCAAACAGUUAACAAAGAAACCAGUAGAUCAAAAUAACCAAGAACAAGUGACCUUAGUUAGCAGUCUAUUACAGCUUACUGUGCAAGUAUUAUCCUUCGAUUUUAUCGGUUCAUGUAUAGAUGAAGCAUCCGAUGACGUUAGCACCGUGCAAAUACCAACAUCAUGGAGACAAGCUUUCCUAGAUGGUAGUCUACUGGAUCUAUUCUUCAACUUGUAUGGAGUAUUCAAUUCAUCACUAACUGCGUUGUCACUAUCAUGCUUGGUCCAUCUGGCUUCAGUGAGACGAUCUUUAUUUAAUAACAAUGAGCGACCUAUUUACCUUAAUUCACUUGUACAAGGAAUUAGAAGCGUAUUAGAAAAACCUCAGUAUCUUUCGGAUCCAAGUUGUUAUCACGAAUUUUGCCGCCUAUUGGCUCGAUUAAAAUCGAAUUAUCAACUCGGCGAAUUAGUUAAAGUUGACAAUUAUAGCCUAGUUAUUGAUCUAAUAGCCAAGUUUACGGUCACAAGUGUACAGGUUUGGCAAUGCGCACCAAAUAGUGUCCACUAUUUGUUAGGAUUAUGGCAACGUUUUGUUGCUUCCUUACCCUACGUCAAAUCGUCAUCCCCACAUCAUCUUAAUGAAUAUAGCCCUCAGAUUACCAAAGCUUACGUUACAUCACGGCUAGAGUCUGUACAACUCGUCAUUAGAGAUGGCUUAGAGGAUCCUAUGGAAGAUUAUCACGUAUUAGAGCAGCAACUUGAACAGCUUUCGACUAUCGCUCGUUGUGAUUACGACCAAACCUGCUCGUUAGUCAUGUCUCUAUUCGACCAGGCGGCAUCAUCCUAUCAGGAAUGUUUACAACAGCAAUCUCAAAGAAGUGAUGCAAGUUUCGUAGUUUACGAAGGACAACUUGCUUGGUUGGUAUGUAUCAUUGGGUCUGUAGUAGCUGGCAGAACACUUUUCUAUAUCGCGGAGGAAAGCGAUAUUCUUGAUGGAGAAUUGAUUUGCCGGUAUGUGUUACAGCUAAUGAAGUUGCUAGAGGAAAGAAAUCCUCAAGUUUUAAGCGAAAAAUUAGAUCUCGCCAUCUUGAGCUUCUUUGAACAAUUUAGAAAGAUUUACAUUGGCGACCAAAUGCAAAAAACCGCAAAGGUUUAUAGCUGUAUUGGCGAACGUCUGGGUCUUAAAGAUGAAUCAAUGGUGUUAAGCAUAUUUAUAAAUAAAAUCUUAUCGAACCUAAAAUAUAAAAGUGAAAAUGAAUUGAUUAUGUUGCAUACGCUGCAGCUGUUAAAUAUGUCAAUAAUCCAACACUUGCUACUAUUUUGCUUAACUGUUCUUAACUACAGCAGUGUUAGAAAAAUUGUCAAAUUAGAGUCAAUUCAAUUUGUUCUAAAGAAUCAUACAGAACAACAUUUUCCGUUUCUUGGAAUUCAGCCAAAUAUUACACUUAAAAAUAUGAGACAUAGAACCUUAUUUUACACUGCUAUUGGUCGUUUCUUGAUGGUAGAUCUAGGAGAGGACGAUGAAUCGUUUGUACAAUUCUUCAUGCCUCUUACAUUAAAAUUUGAACAAUUCAAGAAUCAAAUAGCAUCAACAUCAGUUAAUGAAGAGCAAGUCAAGAGAACCAUAAUCGGUCUAUGCCGUGACAUAAGAGGCCUUGGUACAGCUUUUGUCAACAGAUCAUGUUACAUGAUGCUGUUCGAUUGGUUAUAUCCCGCAUAUAUGCCUGCUUUAAUUCGAGCAGUGGAGUUAUGGUAUCAUGAUCCUAGUCUUACAACCCCGGUAUUAAAGUUAGUGACUGAAAUAGUCCAAAAUCGAUCUCAAAGAUUACAAUUUGAAGUAUCUUCUCCAAAUGGUGUCCUAUUAUUCCGGGAAGUUAGCAAAAUAAUUUGUACUUAUGGUAAGUUUGCUACUUUGCUAAUACUCUUAAUUCUUUCAACCAUUUUAAUUCUAUUGUUUGACCUUAAAGGCAUUUCUAUUUGCUUCAGCAUGUUAAAAGCAGCUUUGAGCGGGAACUAUGUUAAUUUUGGUAUAUUUAGACUUUAUGGCGAUGAUGCAUUUGACAAUGUAUUAGGAAUGUUCCUUAGGAUGUUAUUAUCUAUACCUUCUCAGGACUUACUGGACUAUCCUAAAUUGGGGAAAGCCUAUUAUUCACUUAUUGAAGCACUAGCACAAGAUCAUGCGUCUUAUAUCAAUAAUCUGGAGCCCAAUGUCUUACUCGUAAUUUUAUCUACCCUUUCGCAAGGAUUUGUUGCACUUGAUGUCAACAUUUGUACCUUCUGCUGCUCUGCAUUAGACCACUUAUUAACUAAUUUGUUUAAAGAAAUCUCUAAAACUAAAAAAUCAAAUAAUACAUCUCAGGAGCAAAGUUCUUUACUUCGUGUAUUAGAGCAUAAAUCAGAAGUACUUCAGCAGGUAUUAGACACUAUCUUAAAUAUAAUUAUGUUUGAAGAUUGUAAAAAUCAGUGGACUAUGUCGAGACCUCUGUUAGGAUUAAUUUUGUUGAAUGAAAAGUACUUUUCCGAACUUACUGCCAACAUCAUUUCAAGUCAACAUGUUAAUAAGCAGGAAAAAAUGUCUUCAUGUUUUUCGAGUCUUAUGGAUGGAGUGGAAUUUUCUUUAUUUACAAAAAAUAGAGAAAGAUUUGCACAGAAUUUAUCCGCAUUUCGUCGAGAUGUCCAUACAUUACUUGGUGCGUCUAUUUCGCUUCAGCCUGAUAAUUCUACCACUGCUAAUAUGAUGACUUCUUAA